AUGUCUGAUUGGGGCCCGGUUUUCGUGGCGGUGGUUCUGUUCUUUCUGUUGACGCCGGGCCUGCUGAUUCAGUUUUUCUUUCUUCUAGCUUGGUCCAUCAAGCUCCUCUGUGCACCUGCAAUGGCUGAUUGGGGCCCUGUGCUUAUAGGAGUUGUACUCUUCGUACUCCUCCAGCCGGGACUCGUUUUUCAGUUCCCAGGGAACAACCGGCAGGUGGAGUUCGGCAGCAUGAAGACAAACGGCAAAGCCAUAACUGUCCACACGCUUAUUUUCUUCGCUUUAUACGCUGUUUUCAUCCUGGCCGUGCAUGUCCACAUCUAUACCGGCUGA